AUGCUGACGGACUUCGAAAUAGCUUGCAAAGCCAUCGAUAUCCGCAAUAGAACAGCAAGCUCUGGUAAUAACCGAUCAUGCCGGCCCGAGGCCAGGGCGGCAGCGGCGCUAGCGUGCAACGAACUGGCACAAGGAUUGAGGCAUGUGUCGAAUCACUGGAGCUCGGGUUGUUGCGGAAAAAGUCACGCCGUUACCACGCCCGUUAUUGCUCUUCCUGGAGCCAAUGCGCUUUCCUCGCCGGCCAUCAAGAAGUUCGGUCCCAUGCACACCCCAGAUUGUUUCUCCAGGAUCAGUGCAAGGCGCAAAAGGACCCCAUCCAUCACCCCGUGUUGUGCACCGACGUUUACCUAA